ACGUCAGCCAACAGGAAGCAGGUGGAGAACAUGGCCAAGAAAAAGCUGGACAACCUGAUGAAGGAGUCCAAGAUCAGAGACAGAGAAGACCCGGACAGCUUCACCAUCGCAGCCCUCCCUCCUGCUGGGAAGCCCGCAGACAAAACCAGCUCCAAGGGUAAAAGUGAGGAUGGGACAGACACAGCGGACGAGGCUAAUCCCAGCAGCAACAAACGCACAGGACGCUCCUUCAUGGGGAGCUUCUCCAAACGCAAGAAAAAGACAACCAAGCUGAAGAAGACAUCAAGCUUUGAAGACACAGAUACAGACCAAGAGAGUUCAAGCAGCGCCUCCCGUGCCCCCUUGCACCACAGCAAGAAGAAGAAGACCAUGAAGUUAUCCCGAGCUCUGUCUGAUCUGGUCAAAUACACGCGCUCUGUGGGUCUCUAUGAUAUUGAGGCACAAG